AUGGAAACGUCUAGUUCGUCUUUGCCCUCCCGCAUAGCUUCUCUGGUCCAUGCACACUUCGAUGCCUUGCCCGCGAGGAGCAAGCCCACGAUUCACCCGGAUGGGUCGAGAGAAUGGGUUCCUAUGAGCGCCAUUGUUGUCAGUAAAGGGCAAAAUACAGCUUCAGAGACACUAAAAUGUGUGAGCCUUGCAACUGGGGCAAAAUGUCUAUCGGCUUCUCAGAUCCCUCGAUGUCGAGGCCUUGUGCUCCAUGACUGCCACGCAGAGAUCCUAGCCAUUCGAGCGUUCAAUCACUGGCUUCUCAGCGAGUGUCAAUCAGUCCUGAAUUCCGAGCGAGAACUUCAAGUAUCCUCCGCUGGCAAUGAUUCCUCUAUUGGCUCUCCAUACCUUCGAAGAAGGAUCGGCCAUGAUUCCAAUCAUGCGCGAGAUUCUCAACUAUGGCCACCAUUCGAAAUACAACCCGACGUCAAGCUGUACGUGUACUGCACCUGCGCUCCCUGCGGUGACGCGAGCAUGGAGCUCUGCAUGGCGGCCCAAGACGAUCCUACUCCGUGGCAAUUGCCGCCCAAGACGGAGCCCAAAGCGGACGAACCGUCGACUACGCCAACCCUACUCGAUGGGCGUGGUUAUUUCUCUAACCUAGGCGUAGUUCGUCGAAAACCUUCUCGCGCCGAUGCCGAGUCUACACUGAGCAAAUCGUGCUCUGAUAAACUUGCCCUGCGGCAGGUAUCAUCAUUACUAUCAUACCCCACCAGUCUGUUGGUUGCUCCAACAGAAGCUGCAUAUAUCACUGCCCUAAUAUUACCCGAAGAGGAAAUCAGCAAUGUCGCAUGCGCUCGAGCCUUCGGCGAUGGAGAGACCGGGCGGAUGCGAAUGCUAAAAGGACGACAAUGGGGCACGGAGGGAACCGAUAACGGAUACAGGUUUCGACCAUUCGAUAUCCUUUCCGUUCCAACGGCUGAAGUUGAAGCCCUCUGGCCUUUUGCUAAGCCCAAAGAAGCCCCAAUUCCAGAAGUAGCUAUGGAGAGCACCAAAGUCUCUACUAAGAGCCGCAAGAAAAAUAAAAUCAGCAAUACUUCAGCUAUCUGGACGGCUGCUCCGUCCUCUGUGGCGGAGAUUCGAACAGAGCCUGCUCCUAAGCGCAGUAAGACAUCAUCAUCGUCAACAGCGUCCAAUGCCGCCGGUCUACACGAAACGAUCAUCAAUGGGGUGAAGCAGGGAAACAAGGCGUCGACGCCUACGAUGCGUGGAGCUUCUGCCCUUUCACGAGCCAAGAUGUGGUUGCUUCUUCGGGAUAUUGUACGGCCGGCAUCAUUGAACGGCGAUGCGAUGCCUGAGUCGAGUGGCUUGGACAAGGGUACAGGGCAAACCAUUGACGCUCUCAUCCACGACUCAGCUCAGCAGAGGAUCGUGGAAGCCAGAACUUAUGAAUGUUUCAAAAGAGAUCCUGAUAUAUGUCCGGACUGGAUAAAGCUACGGGAAACAGCACUACAGGAGGCGAAGCGUGUGCUGAAAGAUUGGAUUCCCAACAGAGGGGAUGAACAAUGGUCGUUAGAGAGCUUGGCUGAUACGGGAAAACCAAAGCUAUCUAAACGCCCUGGUCGGGUGGAUACUUCGGUGGAUUCCAUUGAUAGGCUCAAGGUAUGA